AUUAUUAUUAUUUUUUUUGAACUUUUUUUGUUCCUUUCUCCGUGUGCAGAAAGACGUCAUAGUUUCAAUCAUACUUAAUCGCUUAUAAUCUUCCGAAACAGUUUUCUUUCAGCAUGACUGUAUGGAAAGUUGAGUCUCAGAUAUAAAUGUUCUUUCAGUUUUCUUCACUCCUGUCUGAACUCUCGAAGUUAAAUCUAUCCCUGUCGAGAACCAAGCAAUUGCACGCUUUAAUCAUGAGAACCCAUCUCGCAUAUGACCCAUUUUAUGCAACAAAAAUCAUAAGAUUUUAUGCUAUCAACGAUGAUCUUCUUUAUGCUCGCAACUUGUUCGAACAAACUCCUCAGAGAAGUGUUUAUCUUUGGAAUUCUAUAAUCAGAGCUUACGCCCAAGCUCAUAGAUUUGAAGAUGCGUUCUUUCUCUUCCAAACUAUGCUUAGAACCAAAACAAAACCUGACAGCUUCACCUUUGCAUGUAUUAUGCGUGCUUGCUUAGAAUAUGUUGAUCUAGACAGGCUUAGAGCUGUCCAUGGAGGAUUGGUAGUUUUUGGUUUAGGAAUGGACUCCAUUUCUGGUAGUGCACUUGUGAGUGCUUAUUCAAAACUAGGCAUGGUUGAUGAUGCAAGUAGAGUGUUCAAUCGGAUACCUCACCCAGAUUUGGUUUUGUGGAAUUCAAUAAUUUCUGGUUAUGGGUCUUGCGGAUUGUGUGAAAAAGCACUAAUACUGUUCAGUGAGAUGCGGCACAUUGGGGUACAGCCAGAUGGGUAUACUCUAGUUGGGUUGAUAUCUGGUUUAGCGGAUUUUAGCUUGUUGGAAAUUGGCCAUGCAAUUCAUGGUUAUUGUUUGAAAAGUAGUUUUGAUUCUAAUGUUCAUACCAGUAGCAUACUUGUGAGCAUGUAUUCGAGAUGUGGAUGCUUAAAUUCCGCACAGAGAGUCUUUAAUGGUUUACUGCAGCCUGAUUUGGUUACAUGGUCUGCUUUAAUAACGGGUUACUCUCAGUGUGGAGACCACGGAAAUGCUCUUCUCUUCUUCAGAAAAAUGAAUCUACAAGGAAAAAAGGCAGAUCCCAUAUUGAUUGCAAGCACACUGGCAGCGUCUGCUCAAUUGGCAGACAUAGGGCGUGGAAGUGAGAUACAUGGACAUGUUGUUCGGCGUGGGUAUGAGUCAGAAGUCACGGUUAAUUCUGCUCUCAUAGACAUGUACUCUAAGUGUGGUUUUAUUGGCUUGGGCAUUAAGGUUUUUGAAACUAUGGCUAAGCGGAAUACAAUAUCUUACAAUUCAGUAAUUUCAGGUCUUGGGUUACAUGGACUUUCCUCCCAGGCCUUCAAAAUGUUUGAAGAGAUGCUCGAGAAAGGGUUUAGACCUGAUGAUUCCACUUUCUCCGCACUUCUUUGUACUUGCUGCCAUGCUGGUCUUGUUAAAGAUGGCUGGGAAUUUUUCAGAAGAAUGAAGUAUGAAUUUGGCAUUCAAGCUGGAGCCGAGCACUACAUUCAAAUGGUAAGACUUCUUGCGAUGUAUGGGGAGUUGGAAGAUGCUUACAAUCUUAUCCUAACCUUGCCAGGACCAGUAGAAUCUGGAAUUUGGGGAGCAUUAUUAUCAUGCUGUGAUGCUCAUGGAAAUGCUGAGCUGGCAGAAAUUGCAGCUGAGCGGCUUUUUGAAAAUAAACCAGAGAAAACUGCUUACAGAGUAAUGCUUUCUAACAUAUAUGCUGGUGAUGGGAGGUGGGGUGAUGUAGAGAAGCUGAGAGAUGAUAUGAUAAAGGGAGGAACGUGGAAAAUGCCUGGGAUUAGCUGGUGGAGGCAGUAGAUUUUAAUUGGUGAGCACUUGAACUGCUCAAUUGAGCCCUUCUUCAACCAGAUUUUGUUAGUUUUGUAGAUGGGAAAGUUGUACUAGCAGUGGGAAGCAUCUUAAAGAGGUAGCAAGUCCAACUGCUUCAGUGUGGUGAAAAACUGUGAUUUUUUAGUGAUAAUUGCUAGUUGAAACAGUUUUAGUAGUGGAGGUAUUUCAAGCUUGCCAAAGCUUCCUCUACAAUCCUUGUCCAUUCCUCUGAAAUAACACUAGAAGCAAUGUUGAAAUCUCAGCCCCUGAACAGCUAGACCUCUUAAAACACUUUCCGUGUUUUUCCUGCGUCAUAAGCAUGCCAAGGGUCAUAUACUCAUGUGGGUAGGGACUGAAGUACCAAAAUGGGGUUCUAAGAAAAAUGUCUACGGGAGAAAAUUUUUAAUUGGUGAAAAGCAUACAAGCCAAGUCAAUUGGGCAUCCAUUCUUACUUCUAAGAGCCCCAAAAAAAUGUCUACGGGAGGAAAAAAUUCCUUUGAAGAGGUUUGUUUUGCUUCGAGUGACAGAAACAAAAGUCCUGCAUCUUCAUAAUACAGGUGGUAGAGAGGCAGCCAACAACUUCUGUUGCUCUGGGAGUAGCCUACACCAUCUUACUGUUGUACUUUGUAGGAAGAACUUCAUUUCCAAGCUACAGUUUUCCCGGCUUCAAUUGUCAUUUCCUACCCAAUGCACUACCUGAGAAAGCAGAAUUGUAUUUACAAGCUUCAGGGAUCAUGAGGGUCAGGCAAGCUUCUCAACUGUUAAUGACUUUCCAAUUUCACAAAGCUUGGCCAGUGAUAGGAUUUUACUAUCUUGAAGGAGACAUGAGAAAGUUACAGGUUAUAUGAUUUAUAUGGUUAAAAACUGUUUAUUUUCAGUAUAAAAAUUUCAUUUAAGAUUAGAUCAUGAUAAUCACUUCCUGUUUUAUACCAGUCUUUCCAUAACAAUUAUUAUCCCGUCACUUCAUCAUUUUCCCUACUGAAUGUUUCCUGUGAUUUUGCAGAUCCAAAAGUUCGCAUGCAGUUUUUGACAUCUUGUGAAUCUCAGACCUUUAUAAAUUCUUUGAAUGUACAACUAGAUUGGUUGAAAAUUUUUCCGUACAAUUUUAAAAGUUUAAACUUUGAAUUGCAUUGAAAACUUAAAGCAUUGAAAACUUAAAGCCUUUUUACUUUGAAACACGUGCAUAUUUACAAUUUUUUCCUUUGUCUUGUGUGUGCACUUCACUUCUGACCCAGGAGAGCUUGAAGAAUAUAAGGAUAAUUUCAUCUCAACCUGAGUUCAUACAUUCAAGUGGAGUCCAUUAUAGGUGGAGAAGUUUUCCUUUUCAUACAGUGGCUUACAUAUGUUCAUUCCUUGAAAUGAGAAUGAACACUGAAGAUACAAAGAAUUAUGCAGUAGAAAUUUAGCUGAUGUUUGAGAGCUGUGAGUUUUACAGAGAUGAUGAGGAAUUGAUCCAUGAAUCCUGUUGGGAGUUAUCAUCCUUACUGCUGCUUUGCUUGAACUGUAAAGACAUGCAGUGCAAAUGUCCUGAGGGGACCAUAGUUGCUUAUGACUUGCAAGCCACUUCCUCAGCAUUCAAAGCUUUACAGCUCUACUCACCUAUCAUUGCUCUGAAGGGGAACAAAACGAGCUACGCUGCUUGCUUAAAAAGUGAUGUUGCAGAACAUGUGAGGAAGUUAAUCUCAAGUCCCAAUUUGGGGUAUCAUACACAGGCUUCAUAAGUGGAUGCAAAAGGGACUUAGGCCUUGCCCAUGAUAGAGGAGCCGACCAUCAUAUCCUAUUACUUUAACUAACCUCGAUUUCAUUUGACGGCCCUCAGCCCAAGACUCUUCCAUUAUUCAAUCUGAAUUCAAUCCCAACAGGGAAAAGAAAAAAAAAAAAAUUGGAAGAAGAAGAGGAAACUGUAAACAUUUGGGUAUUCCUUGACUAUCAAACUCCCCAGACAAUGCAAAUCCGCUUACCUAAUUUUCCAGUAGGUAGGGAAGGUGCAAACUCCUGCCAGCUUCUUCUGAUGGUAACAGUGUGCUCUAGUCCUGAGGUUGCAUUUGUAUCACAAACUAAAAUUUUGUAUGGCUGGAUUGAACUGAAUAAUAUUGGACUAAAGUGGCUCUCUGAAUUAUUCUAUCUU